AUGGCACCUCAAAAUAUCUACGACAACCCUAUUUUUUUCGAGCUCUACUCCGAAUACCCUCGUGCUAAGGAAGGCGAGAAAGGAGCCUCAGAAUGGCCCGAGCUCCUCCAGAUGCUACCCCAUGACCUCAAUGGCAAGAGGGUGCUGGACCUCGCGUGCGGCGAGGGCUGGUUCGCGAGGUGGUGCGUGUCGCGGGGCGCCAAGACGGUCGACGCCUGCGACAUCAGCGUCAACAUGCUGCGCAAGGCCGAGGGCCUGACCAAAGGUCCUAAGACCACGUCGGCAACCGUGUCUGCGUCGGGCCUCGGCGAGUGCGGCAGCGUCGGUGGCGGUGUCGAGGGCGAGGAGAACGGGGUCAUUAAUUUCACGCGCGUCGACCUCGAGACGCUGCAACUGCCGGGCGAGACGUACGACCUGGUGUUCUGCGGGCUGGCCCUGCACUAUGUCAAGAACCUGGGCGGGCUGAUGCGACAAGUACACUCAUCGCUGAUGCCAGGCGGGCUGUUUGUAUACUCAAUUGAGCACCCUUUCCUCACGGCGCCCGUGUGCCCCAAGUUCAUCAAGACGGCGACGGCUAAGGCGGGCGCCACCGUCGGGGACAGCGGCGAGGUGGACCAGUGGACGGUGGACAGCUACUUCGCCGAGGGCGUGCGGUCGGUGGACUGGAUCAUCGACGGGGUGAUCAAGCAGCAUCGCACGCUGACGUCGUACUUUGAGUCGAUGCGCGAGGCCGGGUUCGAGGUCGAGAAGAUGGACGAGUGGGGCGCGACGAACCAGUCCGGGAGGAAGCACCCCGACUGGGUGGAGGGCGUGAUCCCUCGGUUCUUGCUGGUCAAGGCGAGGAGAAAGGGCAGACAGGCAAGGCCUUGGGGCGGGAUUGCGAAGGUUUUUGGCUUCUCUUCCCAGUAG